GCCGGCGAGCCUCGGGGCGGGGAGGUGCGGGUGCGGCCGGCGGGCGCCCCCGUGGGCUCCGGGAGGCGUUCCGGGACCAGCGCGGCUUCUGUCGGCGCGCCAGCCGGGCGCUGACCGGCCCUCCCGCCCGCAGGACCGCAGCCCGCAUGGAGCGCACCUUCAUCGCCAUCAAGCCGGACGGCGUGCAGCGCAGCCUGGUGGGGGAGAUCAUCAAGCGCUUCGAGCAGAAGGGAUUCCGCCUCGUGGCCAUGAAGUUCCUUCGGGCCUCUGAGGAACUCCUGCGGCAGCACUACAUGGACCUGAAAGAGCGCCCAUUCUUCCCUGGGCUGGUGAAGUACAUGAACUCAGGGCCCGUUGUGGCCAUGGUCUGGGAGGGGCUUAAUGUAGUGAAGACUGGGCGAGUGAUGCUUGGGGAGACCAAUCCAGCAGAUUCUCAGCCUGGCACCAUUCGUGGGGACUUCUGCAUUCAAGUUGGCAGGAACAUCAUUCAUGGCAGUGAUUCAGUAAAAAGUGCUGAGAAAGAAAUCAGCCUGUGGUUUAGGCCUGAAGAAUUGGUUGACUACAAGUCUUGUUCUUUUGAUUGGAUCUAUGAAUAAGAGGUGGACAAGGCAUCAAUCUCCUUUGGCUCCACUUGAUGUGUCCUUGGACACAGCUCUUCAUUCCACUGAUUUGGAAGCAAUAGUAUUGAUCUUUUCUAAAGCAUAUUUACCAAUAAAGCCUUUGGAAACUGG